AUGCCGACAUCGCCGAUGCCGGACACCUUGAAAAGAUUCAAACACACAAAGAAAUGGAAGAGAAAACGGAACGACAAGAGUCAAGAACACACCCACCCAGACGUCCGUCCCCGAGUCAGGCUCUGA